UGAAUUUCUCCCUAUUUUUUUUUCAGGCUUUUUAACGGGUUUACUAUUAAGGUGCUUAUCUUCAGCCAUCGUCUAUUUUCAGCCUGUUAUACAACCUCUCCUUGUCUCAUAUAAUAGGGCUGGUCACGAUGUUUUCUCUUCUGAGGCGAGCUGCUCACAAGUCACGGCUGCAAGGGCUCCAGUUUGCUCUUCACCGAGGCUGUCACCAUGCCCCAAGAGUCGUCCUGAGUCCCUUGGUGGAAGAAGCCCUAUCUGCGCAGCACCCAGUAGUUGCCUUAGAGUCCACCAUCAUAACUCACGGCAUGCCUUUCCCUCAGAACCUGGAAACAGCUUUGGAGGUGGAGGAAAUCAUCAAGAAACAGGGAGCUGUUCCUGCCACGGUGGCCAUCCUGGAGGGGCAAAUCCAUGCUGGUCUUUCACAUGAUCAGCUUCGUGAUUUAGCAACAAAAGACAAUUGUGUUAAAACCUCACGGAGAGAUUUCCCUUAUGUGUUAGCCAAGGGUCUGAGUGGAGGAACAACCGUGUCGGGGACGAUGGUGGUGGCGCACAAGGUGGGCAUCCCGAUCUUUGUGACGGGCGGCAUCGGGGGCGUCCACCGCGGGGCAGAGAGCACAAUGGAUAUCUCCGCCGACCUCACCGAGCUGGGCCGCACACCAGUCACGGUUGUGUCCGCCGGGGUGAAGAGUAUUCUGGAUGUGGGGAGGACGUUAGAGUAUUUAGAGACUCAGGGUGUCUGUGUGUCUGUGAUGGGCUCGGAUGCAAUGUUUCCAGAUUUCUUUACGAGGGACAGCGGCUUCAUGGCUCCCUGUCACGUGGAGUCUCCGGCCCUGGCAGCGAUGAUGAUGCUGAAGAGAGCUGAACUUGAUUUGGACUCUGGCAUGUUGAUUGCUGUGCCCAUCCCUGAGGAACAUGAAGCCGAGGGUCACCUCAUAAAGGAAGCCAUUGAGGAGGCAGUUAAGGAGGCUGAGGCAGAAGAUGUGUGUGGCAGGGAUGUGACGCCUUUCAUACUGCGCAGAGUCUCGGAGAUCACCGCCGGCCACAGUCUUCAGUCCAAUAUCGCCCUCAUCAAAAAUAAUGCCAAGGUUGGAGCUGAGAUUGCUGUAGAGCAUGCCAAGUUGUCUAAUCCAGCCUUCAGAUCUGUUCCUGCAAGCAUGGAAAGCAAACCGGUCACAGGGAGUGAAGACAGCAGCAGGCCUGGUUGAGAUAUCUAUACCCAAGAAAAGCUGGAAUCAGGAGGAGGGUGCUCAGUGAAAUGGACCACACUCUCUUCAUCUUGCCCACCCAGCAUCUGUUUCCCAGGGAACAUAGUGAUGGGCCACCCACUUAAUUGUGACCUGAGUGUGCUAACCACAGUACUGGACCACAGUGUUGUAUUAUACAAACUUCACAUUUAAAGAUAUUUGAACAAAGCAGAUUAUACACUCUUUUUUAAGUGUACAUGAUAUAAAGCUUCUAACUUGUUAAAACUAAUACAAUGUGAAAAAAAAUGAAAGUAACUUGGAUUCUAGUUGAUAACACCUAACCUAGAGAGUUACAGCUUGUUUUUAAUUAUAAAGGUUCAGGAACCUGAGGUCUCCCUCCCCUGGUCUUGCUUAACAGAAUACUUGCUAAUAAUUACUAAUAGCAUGGCCUAAAAAAAUAAUAUAUAUUAAAAAAGGUCAGUGUUCUUUAACACAGUAUUCUAACAGAACAUAACUUUAAAAAAAUUAACAUGUAAGAUGUUUCUAUAAGUAGUGAAUGGUACAAGUUUUGCCUGUAAAAACUAAUCCAAAUAACUGUGUAUUAUUAAAGUUGUUGGGUAACCAUUCCUGUACUGUUGCACUUCACCCAUCAUGGCCAUUCAUACCAGGGAAUGAAUGAAGCUUCUUACUGACCUGAAUGUGUUGCUAACGUUUACUGAGGUGUCUGGGAGCCUUGAACUUUUUGAGUGUCUGUGGCCGUGU